GGCCCAGGAGGAGAGCCUUUCGGAGGGGCUGCGGCGGCGGCGGCGGCGGCGCGGGGGACUCGGCCCGUGGGGCUCCAGGAGCAGCUGACCAUGGAGCCCCAGAAAAUCACACCAUCCUCAAAGCCUCAUCCACCUGUUGUGGGCAAAGUGACUCAUCACAGCAUUGAAUUAUACUGGGACCUGGAGAAGAAAGUCAAGCGGCAGGGACCCCAGGAGCAGUGGUUCAGGUUUUCUAUUGAAGAAGAAGACCCCAAAAUGCACACUUAUGGUAUCAUUUAUACGGGAUAUGCUACUAAGCAUGUUGUGGAAGGUCUGGACCCACGGACCCUGUACAGGUUUCGACUGAAGGUCUCCAGCCCCUCCGGAGAGCAUGAGUACAGCCCGGUGGUCUCGGUAUCUACGACCAGAGAACCCAUAAGUAGUGAACACUUGCAUAGAGCUGUCAACGUGAACGAUGAAGAUUUGCUGCUUCGAAUACUACAAGGAGGCGUGAAGGUUGAUGUUCCCAAUAAGUUUGGCUUUACCGCUCUGAUGGUCGCUGCCCAGAGGGGAUACACCAGGCUUGUGAACAUCCUCGUUUCUAACGGCACAGAUGUGAAUCUGCAGAAUGGAAGUGGCAAGGACAGUCUAAUGCUUGCGUGCUACGCAGGACACCUAGAUGUUGUGAAAUACCUCCGAAGACAUGGUGCUUCUUGGGACACUAGAGACCUAGGAGGCUGUACAGCUCUGCACUGGGCUGCAGAUGGAGGCCACUGCAAUGUGAUUGAGUGGAUGAUAAAGGACGGCUGUGAGGUGGACGCCACGGACGCUGGCUCGGGGUGGACCCCGCUCAUGAGAGUCUCUGCGGUCUCAGGGAACCAGAAGGUCGCCUCUCUGCUGAUCGACGCAGGCGCGGAUGUGAACGUGAAAGACAAAGACGGGAAGACCCCUCUCAUGGUGGCCGUGCUGAAUAACCAUGAAGAAUUAGUCCAGUUACUUCUUGACAAAGGGGCAGACACAAGUGUGAAAAAUGAGUUUGGCAAAGGUGUCCUAGAAAUGGCCAGAGUUUUUGACAGAAAGGUUGGGAUGUUCUUUCUGCCCUUUGAGGCUCAUUUUGCAGCACUUAAAAAAAAACACAAAAAAACCCAAACCUUGGAUUACAUGCACCUGUUUUUGUUUAUCUAGAAUGUAGUCUCCUUAUUAGAAGAAAUGAAAAAAAAGCAAUGCCGAAGAAGUCAUCCAUUCGCUGACCCGGGCACCUCUUA